UGUCCAGAGUGAUACCGGAGGGUUAAAAGAUUCCUCAAGUGUCCAUAUUAAACAGAAUGCAUUUAUUUCCCCUCAAUCCUGACUUGCAGUUGACCUGGCUGUGGAAAAAAAAGGACACUGAGGUGGUCGUGGCAGUGCUCCCCUCACAGAUGAAAGGACGCAUCUUACUUAUCCGCCACUGUGAGCUAUGCUCACUUCGACCCCACCAGUGGUUGACAGGGGAGGUAAUUGAAGGCGUGUUUCAUGUUGCUGCCGACAAAUUCGGCGUUGUGAACAAAAUGUACUUGCUAAAUCACUACACAGCAGGUGUCAUUUUGUUCGGGGACAGAACUCAGCUAACAUCUCACAGUUUACCAAAGGUAAACUUUGACAACUAUGAAGCUGUCCUGUCCUUUGUACUUGUCAACAACAACCACUGGAAGUUGCUGUACAUUCAUGCCAAAACCAGCACCGUAUUCCUGGUGGAUCCAGCUCAAAGCAUCAAAGAGCUUGAUGACUCCGAACAUGCUGCCAAAAGAAUACAGGAGUACUUCAAGAUGAGGAGGACACGCCACAGCAUAACAGACUGGGUGGAUGUUAAGUGGAAGGGAGGCGUUAUGGGCCACCCACUUCAAAAGGAUGGAUGUAGCUGUGGUGUCGUUGUUGUGAAGAUGGCAAAGGCAGUCAUGGAGUCCUUCCCUCUGAUCCCGAAUGUGAAUUUCGAGUGUUCGAAGAAAUACAUGAAACAGGAGAGGAUAGAACUGGCUCUCGAAAUCCUUGAGGCAUCAGUCCUUGAUGAGCACACUUAUUGUGCUAUGUGUGCUGCCUUAAGGCCUCCAGGAUCUGGAUCUCCCAUCACAAACUGGAUUCAGUGUGAUGACUGUGAGCGAUGGUACCAUGCCCAGUGUCUGGCAAUGGACAGCAGAGACUUUAAAAAGGCAGAGACAGGAUAUUGGAAAUGUCCUUUGUGCAAGUAAUACUUGAAAUGUGCUCAAUGAUGACGAUUAGUAAAACAUGUGUCCUGUGUAGCCUUGUUUGUAUUACUUUCUGAUAAUCACUGGAUCACAUGACAGGGAAGCUAUAGAAAAAACCCUGAAUUUUCCAUAGAAAUAUUAAUAUUAAAUAGAGGAUGUAAUAUUAUCCGAUAUAAAGAGCUGUUUCUAUUGUGUACAGACUAGUAUUCAAUUCAGAAAGUGAUUUUGAGUCAUUAGAUAUUGAAGAAAUAAGCUAAGCUAAGAUAAUAAGCUAAUUUACAAUAAAAAGAGGUGUGUCCUAUGCAGCCAGUGUAGUUCUUUGAGCCAGCAUUGAUUUUGAGUG